UGCUCUCAUGUGCACGACUUGGCAUGAGAAAGUUAGAGCAGUAAGGGAGCCCAGGUUUUGUAUGACGCUGAAACUUUUUCUUUGUGGGUUUCGAGGAGUGAAAGGCGCAGUGAAUCGGUGUAACCUCUAAACCCUCUGGACUCCACUGAGUGUCUCUGGUCGUGAUGGAAGAAGAGGUGCUUCUGCAGGAUGACGAUGUCGAGGGCUCAUGGACGUUGCUGUCCUGGCUGGCGUCCUGUCUCAUGGUGUUUGGAGGGGCGCUGCCUUACGUGCCGCAGUACCAGGAGAUUCAGAGGAGCAACAACAGCGAGGGCUUCUCCACCAGAGUGUGCCUAGUCCUGCUCAUAGCAAACAUCCUGCGCAUCUUCUUCUGGAUAGGGAAGCAGUUUGAGCUCACUUUGCUGCUCCAAAGCGUGGUGAUGAUCCUUGCCAUGUUUGCCAUGCUCCACCUCUGCUGCAUGGUCCAAAACACCAACCGAGUGAGCACCAAGCAACACCGACUCUCAGAUUUGGAUUUUCGCUACUUCUGGAAGUGGAGCGCUUUCGAGGACUACCUUCUCUUCUGCUUCGGCUUCACCGUGCUGUGUGCGGUCGUCACCCUGCUGCUCUUGGACUCUGCUGUGUUUGUGGAGACUCUGGGCUCCCUGGCUGUCAUGUUUGAGGCCAUGCUGGGCCUCCCGCAGCUGCUGCAAAACUUUCAGAAUCACUCCACCAAAGGCAUGAGCGUGAAGAUGGUGCUGCUGUGGAUGGCCGGUGACGUCUUCAAGACCACCUACUUUGUGAUAAACGAGAGCCCGACCCAGUUCACCAUUUGUGGCUCCGUUCAGAUCCUUAUCGACGUGGCAAUCCUGCUGCAGGUCCUUUUCUACAGCCAGGAUACGCGGGCCAAGCUGGGCUGAACAAGGCUGCUGCUUUUCACAGCUCCGUGUGGCCUUUCUUUUAAUUUCAUCAGGUCUAGUCCGUUCGAGGCUCUUAAUAAGAGCAGCAAAGUUAAUAGAAUUAUCAUAGGACACAUUAGGACUCAUAAAUAUUGAAAAAAGCCAAAGGCAGUUUAGAUUUUUUUUCUAUGUUCAGCCUUGAUUUGAAAUAUUCUGUCUUAAAGGUUCAAUCAGAUUCAAAAUGUACCUUCAGUUGCAAUGAUGCAAGAAAUUUAGCCUUGAACAAAUGAACUACAGCAGCAUUUACAAUGAAGCACUUAGAACAGCUUUGCCUUUAAGGUUUUCAGCUUUGUCAGGAUAUUUUUUAGUGUAUUUUUAAUGUUUUAUACUAUUUAUUCACUCUCUUUUGAAUAUGACUUGUAUGCUGGAUUCUGGUGGACUUGCAAACAUUACUCACUCUGGCAGCUCACUAUAAGCAGACCUGUACUGGCAGCUGUUACAACCAGUCCUGCACUGGUAGCCCUGCACUGGAACCUCCUACCUGAGUGAUGAGUCUCCCACUCCACACUGCACACCUCACCCUGCUGGUCUCAUCGUGCAGAGAGUCUGCGUGUUUGUGUUUGUCUGUGUGUGCCAUGCAUGCUGGUGUUUCUCCACAUCAGAUAUUGAUUUUUGCCGUUGGCAUCCAGUGUGAGCCGAGGCUACAGAACGUAAACAAAGUAUGAGAAACUACAGAGGACAUCAAUCUGCUGCAGCUCCGCUUUGUGGCCUGAUUGAAAAGAAAUACACGUCUGUACGUUUUUCUGGAAACUCAUUUAGCAAUGCUGCAAAGCUCUGCACCAAAGUCACAAUCUUUUUACACUAAGAAACAUGUUUGAUGGCAGAUCAAAUACUGCAGUAUUAGUAAUGCUGAAAAGUCUGAAAAGAAAGAAACGGUGAAACUUCACAUUAUCAUGGACUAGAAACCAUUAUAUCCAUUAUAAUAUACAUUGGUCUAUUAUUUAAAAUGACAGGAAAUUAGUUGUUUAAAUAUGUAUUUAUUAAAUUAGGCUUUUCCCAAUGUUUGAUCAAGUGAGAAAGGAGCAAAAGAAAAUUACAUUUGGGACUGUUUGGUGACUCUUAGCAUUUUAAGGGGGGGUACUCUAUGUUUCUAGGUUUGAAAAAUUAAGACCCUCUAAGCAUUAAUUAUAUUUUCUUAAAAAUAUUAGGGCUACAACUUAUAGUUUUUUCAAAUAAUUGAUUAAUUGGCUCAUUAUUUCGUUGAAUUAAUCAGUGAAUUAUAUACUUUAAAAGCCAUCCAAUAUUUCCAUCUUUUAAGACGUUCUGUCAACAGCCUGCUAGUUAAUGCCCCAGAGCUGUUAUAAUGAUAAAUAAAAAGAAAGAAGAUUUAAAAGUUAAAUGUUGGUAGGCUCCAGGGGCAUAGCUAGGGAUUUGGGGCCUCCAGAAAGAAUAUUACACAGUUUGCACAUAGUGGGCUUCACUGAUUAAAGGGGCUGCUGUGGCAGUCUAGGAUAUGGGAAAUGCAGUUCCUUUUAAAGUCCUUUAAUUUGUCCAGAGAUGCCCCGUUAAUCAGAGCUAGUACUUUAAUAACACUGUUAGAGAAAUAUUGAUCCAUCUCAGCCAACACAAAUGCAAAAAUGCUAACCCAAUACUUCAUCUAGAAGUUAGGUUUAUAGUGAAACAGUAAUUAAACUACACAAUCUCAGGGGGUAAGACUUGUUUUCAACUGUUUCUUCAUUGUUUCUUUUUAAAGCACUGCGGGAACAAAUCAGGAGCAGCAGCUGAUCAGUAGUCAGAGCAGGUUUCUUUUAACUCGCCCUCCCCAGGCCUGACUUAAUUAAGUAAUAAAUCUACUGCACCUGCUUAUAAAGACCACCACUCUCCCCUUUUAACGUAGCAGCCCGUUAGAGUCCGGCUGUUCAUCCAAACCCAUCUGUUUGCAUAUUCUCCUUGCAACUUUUUUAAGGGAAACUGCAGAGGUUUGGGUUUGCAUCAUACAGACGACUUCAUUCUGCAGCUGUUCGCGUGCAACAGUCUUUAAACAUUGGAGAUGUACCAGUUUAUCUAGUAUAAACCUCUCAGGGUAUACAUGCCAGAAACAAAGAAUAAAGAGGACUGUAUAAUUUUCUGCUGAGUUUUUAUGAUUGGACAAUUUCAUGAGAUCCUUUCAUAGCGGCAGAGUUACAUCAGGGUUUAGAGGUGUCAUUAAUCAUCAUUUUAAGGCAGAUAAUCAGGAAAAUAUUCUGAUUUACUUUCUUGUGCAAAUUUAGACAAAAAGAAUGAUUCUACUCUCUUAACAUAAAAUCUGCAAAAGAUGACAAAGUCAACUCGAGCUAUCCAGAGUACAGUCAAUAAAUAAAGGUUGAAAUCGGUCAUGUAAAUAGUAACAUGCUAGGUUGCAGGCUCACCUAGCUUUGGAUGAAAGCUGGAGUCACGCUGUGCCCAGGACACACCUAUGUAUAAAGUGUUUGAGGCCAUUUUUAAACAUAACCCAAAGCACAUGGUGCAAAGUUAAGAACAUGUUUGACAUAGUUGGGCUACAUUGAACACUUUCAGCCUCAAGCAGUGACCUUUUUUGUGUUUUUGCUAUUCUUUUACAUGAAACUAAACUUUCAGCCAACAGAAAUGCGCUUGUGCAAGCUGUUUUUAGAUCUGGGGGGACCGCUUGCGGGUCUUUAACUGUGGUCAUAAAGAAAAGACCAAGACAAAUGCAUUUUAGCAUUUUAUACAAUUGAUGUUAGUUUAGUCUAGCAACACUAGCAGAGAACAGGGACUAAGGCUGGCCACACACCAUACGAUUUCCAACCCUAAGUUGAUUUUAAAGAUGUGCAAACACUAGGUGACGCAGUCAGACCAUGAGACCACUGGAGACCACACAGCUAACAACCUUCCAGUGACCUCAAUUGGGAGAUUUCCUGCACACAAGAUUUCACAUAAUCCUGAAUAAUCACAUGUGAAUUCAGAAGAAAAAUUAUGGUAUUCCAUAAGAGGCAUUACAACUUAGAAUCAUAAAUUGAAAACUUGUUUGAUACAGUUGCAAUCAAAAUUAUUCAACCCCCAUUCCAAAUCAGGUUUAUUGUGAACAUUUAGACUUUCUGCAUUUUGCAAUGAACAAAUUAAAAGGAAUUUAAAUAGCUCAACACAACUAAUGAUUUGGGUUUCCCCAAAUCUGACUGAAAGUGCAACAUAAAAUGUCUUCUCCAGUCUCAAAAUUAUUCAACCCCUUCAUUGCGAGCAUCUUUAGUACUUAGUAGAACACCUUCUGCACCUAUGGCCUGCUGCAAAGGUGAUGCAUAGCCAGACACCAGCUUCUGGCAGCAUUGCUGAGGAAUCUUAGCCCAUUCCUCAUGUGCAAUGGCUGUCACUGCCUUCUUCAAAUCCCACCAGAGAUUUUCUAUGGGGUUCAAGUCAGGCGACUGUGAUGGCCACUGUGGAAUCAUCCAGGACUUCUUCUGCAACCAACCUACGUUCAGUCCGCUCCUGACUGUACUCACUGAAAUCUCAGUCUCUGUUGCCACCAAGUUUAGCUGGAGGUCUUUCGCAGUCACUUGAUGGUUUUUCACAACCUGCCUUCUCAGAUAUCUGGUAGCAGCCAUUGAUAGCUUCCUUUCCAGGAGGUGUAACCACUGCUCCUGUAACUGUGAACUUGUGAACUAUGCUUCCAAAGGUGUUUCUAGGAAAAAUCAGUGCCUUUGCUAUCUUUUUGUAUCCUGUUCAUUGUUUGUGAAGGGCAAAGAGCUCUUCUCUGAGCAUUUUGGACCAUUCUUUUGACUGUGCCAUAUUUCUGACAUGCAGUCAAACGUGACACUCAACAAACCCCUCACAGUUCAGGUAUUUCAUGUGUUCCAGCUCAAGCAAACCUGGUGACACUACUGAAGCCCUUGGUAAGUUUCAUCAGGUGUGCUUGAAACAACACUAGUUUUGCGUAUUUGAACUGUGGUGAGUGAUUCUGAAAGUCUGUAAAUUUUCACACUAAACCUGAUUUGCAAUGGGGGUUGAAUAAUUUUGAUUGCAACUGUAGUUAUGAUUCAUGAUUGGAGUUAUAAAAUAAUUGCAUCUCCAUCACACACUUGAGGAUUAUUUAGACAAGUUAUCUCAUGAGCCUUGACUUUGAACACAUCCCCACCACCUUCGAGGGACACAAAUCUGGCCGAAAAUCGCAUUCUGUGUGGUCAGCUUUAAAGCCACUGCUUUGAGAGAGACACAGCCACAGACCAUUUCUUGCAAUCAUAUAAGACAAGUAAGACACUUCGAUCUUAUUUUAUUCUUCUCAAGUUUAUAAAUGUGCUUCAAAAAAGGUCAGAUCAUGCUUUAACAAUGAUCAGUUCAUUAAAAUUCUAAUUAGCAGUCAUUUCAGGUAUAUUCAUAUCAGGAAAAUCAGGCUGCAUCCCAAAGAUGUCUUUGGCUUUUUAUUCCUUUCAGUUAGAAUAAGAGAAUGAUGAAAUAUGUCAUCUUUAUGUUUAUGUAUGAGUACAUGCAAUAUGGAAACAACAUGCAGAGGAAGUGUUUGAAUAUAAAUAUGAGAAGUGUUUGAUGAAUAUUCUGUGCCAAAUAUAUAUGUAUGCCUUUAUGAAUCCACCGUUACUGUUAUGCUGGAGUGACAUUUAUAAAGGUGCUCAGGUUACUGAUAGACUUCUGUGAUGUUCAUCUUUGUUGUUCUUUGACCUUCCAUUGUGUAAAUUCCCUCCAUGUGGGUAUACAUAUGUUCUUCACUUCCACUUAUCCUGCAUUUUAUCUGUAGGCAAUAUAGUGAGCUGUAUGUGUCUUAUCUCCAGCUCCCUGCUGAAUACCACAGUUGUAUUGCGUCUGCAUUAUUUCUGUAUUCUAUAUGCUCUUAUCACCAGAUGUGUAUCUUUUAUUUUCUCUCCCAGCAGAGGCUAGGGAUGGAACUGCCUUGGAUUUAGCUUAACAUUUAGGCUUUGUAUAGCCCCCCUUUUUUUUCAAGGGCGUUUGGACAGAUUAGUGCACACACUGCUUGGCUGUGAUAAUCCCUCAACCAAGUUCACAUUGUGGUUACUGUGCCUAUUGCCUUAUCUGAAACACUCUUAUAAUGAAAAGGGUUUUAAGCCCUAAAUAGGGAGGGUGCUGUAUUGUUACUUCUACUGCAUGAAAGAUGCAUCAGAAUUUCAUUUGUGAUUGUGAAACAUUUUCGUACCAAAUACUAUAUUUUUAAUUCUGUUUUUUUAAACCAUCAGCUAUGUUUUUUCAGAAAAUACUUGUAAUAGACUUGUGAAACCAAAGGUAAAUGCUGUCUGUAAAUAUUUUAAAGCUCCUGUGAGGAUUUUUAGCAUAAAGAUUGACUGCCUCUUUUCAAUUAGAAUGCUGCUGGUGCAGGAGAAAGUGAUGGCUUGCACACUGCUAAAGUGGUCUUUAUUUCCAUUUUUCCUUGCAUCCAUGAGUGAUGCAUUUGUCUUUACAAAUAAUCACAGGCCUCAUGUAGGAAGAAUUGUGCCACUUUUGCAGCCACUAUGUUUAAAUGAUUUCAAGAGGGCUUGCAAUCUGUAAAGAGAGUGAAGUAGGUAAACUGCUGAGUAGAAAGCAUCCUGAGUGCACCUGUUCCAUUUGCAUGUAUUUAAAUUAGGAAAUAUUCUAAAGAUUGGGGCAAAAUUUGCCUCUUCCCUUGCAAAUAAACCUCUUUGCAUAUACUGCCUAACUUAGAAACAUCAGCACAGAUUUAUGGUGCUUCAAUGGUGCUGUUCAACACCAUUGAGACCUAUGUGUUAAAAACUGGCACGAUCUCUCUCUUUCACUCUGUUUGCUCAUCAGCCACUGCCAUUAAAAAUGAGCUUAAAGUGUUAGUUCAGGUAGGCCACAGAGUCAAGCGCUGCCAUAUAAUUGAGAUCAGCUGGGCCCUCAUUAGUAGAGUCCUAAGCGCGCUGUCGGCUAAUUGCAAUCAUGCUGCCAUUUUUAAACUGCGCUAGCCUGGCUAAGCUUUGCUGCUCCCUCUCCAAGCUGUUUGCAACCCUCCUCCACCCCAGCUUCUCCUUUAUCCUGCUUCUGACUUAAUCAGUGUCAUUCUGUUGUCACUGUUGCCUGCUCUGCUCUGGGAGUUUUUGCUUCUUCUCUCCCUGCCUCAGGCUUUCCUUGUAGGCAAAGGAAAGGCAAGAUUGUGUGCUGUUCUUGCUUGAUGGUUUCCAUGUAGGCUUGUGAAAGGGCAGGGGGAUCCUAGAACAGCCACACCACCAAAUAUAAAUAGCAGCAAUGAGAGCAAAAUUUAAACCUGCUUAUAAAGACAAAGAUCGUAACUGCAAAUCGUGUGACAAAGUGGUCCUGACUGAACUACCAUUAGUUCAAUUUGGAAUUUAAAUCAAAUCGGUCUCUUUAAAGGCUUUUAUUAUCAUCCAGAGUAGCAUUAUCAGGUUGUGGUGCAGGUGCUGAAAAGUACGGUACAUCAUAGUUCCCUGACUUUCAGCACCAUGGACAGCUCCAAAUUUUUAGCCACAUAUACAGUAGAUUCAGUUGAUUAUCAGCUUUUGAUGUAAGAAGGGCUGACACACUCCAGGUGAUUGGUCAAAUAGUUGGUCAAUGAGCUCUUAUCCCGCCAAAAUCUCAUUAUUCUUACAAUCACACAGAGUGGAGGGCCACUGGAGAAGGAGUUAGAGAGAGAGGAGCACACACCACUAUACCAUACAAUAUGAUAACAUUUAUCGUCCCCCUUGGGGAAAAUUUAUCUUGGGCUUAAAGUGCUGCAAAAAUACAACUGCCACCAUAGUGACAAAUAUGAACAGCAGAAACAAUCCACACAUGAGCAUUCAAUUCACAUGUACACUAAGUCAGACAGUAAUAUUUCACAUUACCAACAGUGCACAUGAUUUGAACAGAGAGACCAGAAGAGAGAGACAGCGAUGCCUCCUGCUGCCUAAAAACUCUUCAUUACGUUCCUACCUGCAGACUUAUGUUCAGUUCACCUCUGAAUGUGGACAGUGAUUAUACAAUAUUACACAACAUGGGCUGGAAUAAAUAGACUCUGUUAACGGUUAUCUUUAUAAAACAGGACAAAAACAAUCAUCUGAAUUUAUAUUGUAUGUUAUUUUAAAUGCUGUGACCAUGGAAACCAUAUGAAGCAGGUGCUUGUGGUGGUUUCUGAUUCAGUUUCUGUACAACAGAAUGAGGUUUAAAAAAUUAUGCUGCAAAAUAUUAUGUCUAUUUUUAAGAUGACUAACACUAUGGAGGUUGCACUGAGGACUCUUCUCUGACUAGGUUGCUUGAGGGAUAGCAUGCAGUUUUUCUUCUAAAUGAUAAAUUGGUUGGUGUGUAGCACAUCCAUGUUGGUCUUUGCUUUAAUUAUCAAGGUGCUGAUGUGCAUUUGUUUUGCUGUUUUAGCAAUAUAUUAUAAAGUUGUGAUAUAUUUUGAGCACCAACAAGCAUAAGACCGAGUUUGCACCCAAAUACAGUCUCCUUCUGUUGUGUGAGAUUUCUUGACUGUCAUUAAGAAAUCACUGCUUCUAGUCAGCAAGACUAUGACUCUGUCUUUGUCAUGCCUACUGUGAUCUCUGCACAAUGGCUAGUUGCAGUCACUGGUGUAUGAUCAUUUGCAUCAAAGAUUUUCAACAUGUUAGCACCAAAUUGUGCAAAUUCUUUUGUGGAUGAGGUACUAAAAACAGGUGCUAAUUCUGCACAGAUCAUGGUGCAGUUAGUGGGUGCCAUCUAUUCUCUGUGGAUCUGGCCUUACAUCUAAGACAUACACUGCAAAGAGAUUAGGGUUUUCUUUUUCUGCAGGAGGCACCGAAGGAAAACAAUUGAAAAGUUUCUCGCAGGAGCUUUAAAAGUCUACAAGUACAAAAAAUGUGAUAUCACAUAUGAAAGUAUCUGUGAAGGCACAAAACCUCUGAAUGUUACUGCCAAAGUGUUUUCCCCUCUGAUGACAACUGUAGUAUGUGAAAUAUUGAUCAUGUUAUUUUCUCACACAUAAAGUAUUUAUA